AUGCAUUUAAUGGCUCUGCUUGGCCCCUUGGCCUUUGCCGAGCUUCUCCGCACUGUCAAGGCGGAUGACUGUAUGGGUCUAUGUCCCGACGGCAAACACCUCAUCAAGGUGCAGCCAGUGGUGAUCGCGUAUCCUGAGAAAGGCCUUGCGUCCCGCACUGCUAUCGCUAGUACCGAGACCAUUCCUUGCGAUGAAUAUGUUACUGUGACUACCCCAGGCGACAAGGCCACAACUUACACGAUUCCUCCAUCUGGUACAGUUCCAGGCACUGUGAUUAUCGAAACCCCUUCCCCAACUCCAUCUCCUGGCUGGACCACGAUCACGACUCCUGGGCCUGUGGCCACCACGCACACUAUUCCUCCUUCGGGUACUAACCCCGGCACGGUCAUCAUCGAAACCCCGACUAGUUCUCCUGAACCCACCAGCCCGGAGCCAACCAGCUCCAAGCCAAGUAGCCCGGAGCCAACCACCUCAGAGUCCACCAGCAUGGAGCCUACCAGCACCGAUCCUGCUAGCUCUGAGCCACUGGAAAGUCCUACUACUACUGCUCCUACUUCUACGCCCCGUCUUCCCAUCACCAGCCUCCCUACUUUCUCCAACACGUCUUCGCCACCCGCACCUGAGUCUUGGACCACAUACACCACAGAGGGCCCGACGCCGACAACUCACACAAUUCCGCCAGAAGGGACCACUCCUGGAACUGUCAUCAUUGAGACGCCUCCUGCUGAGUCCUGGACGACAUACACGACAGAGGGACCUACGCCUACGACAAUUACGAAGCCUCCCGAGGGAACCAACCCGGGAACUGUAAUUAUCGAGACGCCUCCUCCUGGGUCUUGGGUCACGCUGACACGCCCUGGUCCCGAUUUUCUCACGACGACCGAGGUUACACCCGUUGGAACAACUCCGGGUACAGUUGUGGUCGAAACUCCAUCGUGGACUACGUACACGACUGAAGGCCCUACUCCCACUACCCACUCAAUCCCUCCAGAGGAGACCAACCCAGGCACUGUCAUUAUUGAGACGCCACCUCCCGAGUCCUGGGUGACAGUGACGCGCCCUGGCCCUGAAUUUCUCACGACGACCGAGGCUACACCAAUUGGGACAACUCCAGGCACUGUCGUGAUCGAAACUCCUUCGUGGACAACCUACACGACUGAAGGUCCGACGCCCACAACCAAGACAGUUCCGCCAGAGGGAACUAACCCGGGCACUGUCAUUAUUGAGACACCUCCCCCCGAGACGAGCCCUGCUGAGACGAGCCCUUCUGAGUCCAGCCCCGCAGAAACCAGCACUGCAGAGACCAGCCCCGCUGAGUCCUGGACCACGUACACCACUGAAGGCCCUACGCCGACCACCGAGACGAUCAGCCCUUCUGGGACUAAUCCAGGUACCGUGAUCAUCGAGACGCCGCCGGCAACGACCUUCACCUGCGACAAAUAUGCCUACCUAAUCCAAUGGACCUCGCUUUUCCGGGUCGACAUCAAGACUGGCGAGGUCGAGGUGGUUAACCGCGAUGUCAACACCGACUCCCGUAUCAACGCCAUUGGGUACAACACGCUGGACAAUUACAUCUACGGCAUGGACGCCGCCACCCACAAUCUGCUCCGCAUCCCACCAAACGGCAAGGCAACUGUCGUGGCGACACGUGUGGCCACUAAUCUCGACCGGCCCUAUGUCGGCGACGUCGACAGUGACGGCUUCUACUGGGUUUCUAACGGUUCGGAUGGGUUGUGGGUCAAGAUUGAUCUCAGACCCGGAACGUCUACCUAUGGCCAAGUCGUCGACAGCGGCAAUUCUCCCGUUAGUGGUGGCUACAUCGUUGGAGACUGGACUUAUGUUCCUUCUGCCGGUCCGUACAACUUCGCCAUCGGCACCAACCACGACACCGGCACCAUGGCGCUGCUUCGCUGGAGCCAUGGUACGCACCGGUGGACUACUAUACGCACAUACACCAUCAGCGAUUACCCGAAGGGACCGGAGGGCGGUUUCGGCGGCAUUUGGGCCCAGAACAACGGUACGGUCUACGCGAUCGACAACCCGACAGGUUACAUCAUCGCUUUCGACGUCGAUGGUCUGUCCGAGCCUCGUCUGGUCUCCGAGGCCGCCCCUUCCCCCGGCAAUGACGGAGCCCGCUGCGUCUCCAAUCUUGAUGCCGAGAGCUGA